AUGGCCGGACUGUCUAAGAAUAAGGAUGAAUCUUCAUUUGAUCUAGCGCAAAGACAGUCUUCUGAUAAUGUACAGGGCCCUGUCUUAGAUGCUGAUGAAAUGAGUCGUGCAAAUAAUUAUCAGAACGACUUCUCGAAUUCUCGUCCUUCAGUCUCUUACGAUGAAUUUAUCGGGGAGGAAAGUAAUUCCAAGACUGAACAUUCAUGCGAAAGCCCAAGAAAAAUAUCUGCGGAGACUUCUUACAAUACAGCUACGAUCAAUAUAUCAAGUCAAGAACCGGGCCGAGAAAGUUAUCAGCGCUACGCUGAUGACCUUUAUGAAUACUCAGAAGGCCAGUCAAUUUAUCACAACCAAGCAGGAGUUACUGGAGAUAAUCCAAUAGGAAUAGUAGCAAACAAGGCACAUAAUCGCAAUAGCGUGCUCACUCUGGGCGGCGGUCUCAUAGGUCGCGCGAAAACUAUGCUGGGGCUUGCCCCAGCAUACUCAGAAAUGGACCUUCCUCUGACAGAAUCCGGAGAAAGAAGACGAUAUGACCUCUCAUCACCCACAACCCCAAACGAGCCUCCCAAAAAAAACAAUUUUCGCAAAUUAUGGCAAAGUUUAGGACGGGGAAAAGUAGAUCCAGAAACCCUUGGUCCUCGAAUAAUACAUCUCAACAAUCCCUCGGCAAAUAAUGCCAAUAGAUUUGUGGAUAAUCAUAUAUCUACAGCAAAAUAUAAUUUUGCAACGUUUUUACCCAAAUUUCUUUUCGAACAAUUCUCCAAAUUCGCUAAUAUAUUCUUCUUGUUCACGGCGGCUCUCCAACAAAUACCCAACAUCUCACCGACAAACAAAUAUACAACAAUAGGGCCCCUAGUUCUCGUACUGCUAGUCUCGGCUGGCAAAGAGUUGAUCGAAGAUUAUAAACGAAAAAAUUCCGAUAAAGCAUUGAACAGCUCAAAGGCUAGAAUUCUAAAAGGGAAUGAUUUCCAGGAGACUCGAUGGGUGAAUGUUUCAGUCGGAGAUAUCAUAAGGGUUGAGUCUGAGGAGUCCUUUCCCGCUGAUAUUGUCAUUCUCGCAAGUUCUGAACCUGAAGGACUUUGCUAUAUUGAGACAGCCAAUCUUGAUGGUGAGACGAACCUCAAGAUUAAACAGGCCAUACCAGAGACUUGUGUUAUGGUUAGCUUGAAUGAUCUCAGCAGAGUUAAUGGUCUUCUCCGUUCGGAACAACCAAAUAGUAAUCUCUACACAUAUGAAGCCACUUUGACAAUAUCUAAUGGUAGUAAUGAGAAACAAUACCCGCUACAGCCGGACCAGCUUCUUCUGCGAGGAGCUACCCUAAGAAAUACACCCUGGGUGCAUGGGAUUGUCGUUUUCACUGGCCAUGAGACCAAACUUAUGCGUAAUGCUACUGCAACUCCUAUCAAAAGAACGGCUGUAGAACGACAACUAAACAUGUUGGUUCUAAUGCUCAUUGGAAUACUCAUAUCGCUAAGUAUAAUUUCUUCUAUUGGAGAUCUUAUUAUAAGAAGCCUCCAUGGAAAGGAGUUGGCUUACCUCGGUUACGCAGUUUCUACACCAUUAUCAAAAAAAUUUCGUCAAUUCGGAUCUGAUCUAUUUACUUAUUGGGUACUUUACUCAGCUCUCGUACCUAUAUCAUUAUUCGUAACUAUUGAGAUUGUAAAGUAUUGGCAUGCAAUCCUUAUCAACGAAGAUCUUGAUAUGUAUUAUGAGAAGACAAAUUCCCCAGCUGUCUGUCGAACGUCGAGUCUGGUAGAAGAGCUUGGAAUGGUUGAAUAUAUUUUUUCCGAUAAAACCGGGACUUUGACCUGUAAUCAAAUGGAGUUUAAGCAAUGCUCCAUCGGUGGAAUUCAAUACGCAGAGGAAGUCAUAGAAGAUCGCAAAGCCGUCGUUCAUGACGGGAUUGAAACUGGUAUUCAUGAUUUUGGCCGUAUGAAGGAAAACUUACGGUCUCAUGAAACCGGAGAUGUCAUACAUCACUUUUUGUCUUUACUCGCAACGUGCCAUACUGUUAUACCAGAACGAAAUGAAGAAAAAGGUGGAAUUAUCAAGUAUCAGGCCGCUUCGCCUGAUGAAGGCGCUUUAGUUGAAGGAGCAGUCAUCAUGGGCUAUAAGUUUACCGCCCGAAAGCCGAAGUCUGUUUUGAUAACGGUUGAGGGUCAGGAAUAUGAGUACGAGCUCUUGGCAGUUUGUGAAUUCAAUUCCACACGAAAACGAAUGUCAGCAAUCUUUCGCUGUCCCGAUGGUAAGAUUAGGUGUUAUUGCAAGGGAGCUGACUCGGUUAUUCUUGAAAGAUUAAGUGUCGACAACCCUCACAUCGAAUUAACUCUACAACAUUUAGAGGAAUAUGCAUCUGAAGGGUUACGCACUCUGUGCCUAGCUAUGCGUGAGAUUCCUGAGCAUGAGUUUAAGGAAUGGUGGAAAGUAUUUGACAAGGCACAAACUACUCUCGGUGGAAAUCGUGCCGAUGAACUAGAUAAAGCCGCUGAACUACUGGAACAUGAUCUCUACCUAUUAGGUGCCACUGCGAUCGAGGAUAGACUCCAAGACGGUGUUCCUGACACGAUACGUACUCUCCAGGAAGCAGGUAUUAAAAUUUGGGUCCUAACUGGAGAUCGCCAGGAAACAGCGAUUAACAUUGGGAUGAGUUGCAAGCUAGUCAGUGAAGAUAUGACUCUUCUCAUUGUUAAUGAAGAAACUGCAGCUGCGACUCGUGAAAACAUUCUAAAGAAACUUGACGCUAUUCGCACCCAAGGUGACGCUAUCUUUCCUCAAGAAGUUUUAGCAUUAGUUAUUGAUGGUAAAUCUUUGACAUAUGCGCUCGAAAAAGAUCUCGAAAAGGAUUUUCUGGAUUUGGCAAUUAUGUGUAAGGCCGUAAUAUGUUGUCGUGUCUCACCACUACAGAAAGCAUUGGUUGUGAAGCUUGUAAAGCGCCACCUAAAGGCUAUCCUUUUGGCCAUAGGAGAUGGUGCCAAUGAUGUUUCUAUGAUACAGGCUGCCCAUAUCGGAGUUGGCAUUAGCGGAAUGGAAGGUUUACAAGCUGCACGAAGUGCCGAUGUCGCUAUCGGUCAAUUUAGGUACCUACGAAAACUGCUCCUUGUUCAUGGUGCCUGGAGCUAUCAAAGAGUUAGCAAAGUCAUACUUUAUUCUUUUUAUAAAAAUAUAACUCUAUACAUGACUCAAUUUUGGUAUUCUUUCCAAAAUGCCUUCUCCGGAGAAGUUAUCUAUGAGUCUUGGACAUUAUCUUUCUACAAUGUUUUCUUCACAGUUUUACCGCCCCUUGCGAUGGGAAUAUUUGAUCAGUUCAUCUCGGCUCGCAUUCUUGAUCAUUAUCCACAACUCUAUCAACUUGGCCAGAAAAAUGUAUUUUUUCGAAUGCACUCAUUUGCCUCCUGGGUCGGCAAUGGGUUCCUUCAUUCCCUUCUUAUUUAUAUUUUUUCUCAACUCAUCUGGUCACGAGAUCUUCCUCAGGGUGAUGGCAAAACUGCGGGUCAUUGGGUAUGGGGUACUGGCCUUUAUACUACAGUUCUCGCAACUGUGCUCGGCAAAGCGGCACUGAUCACAAAUAUAUGGACAAAAUAUCAUAUUAUUGCGAUACCAGGUAGCAUGAUAAUUUGGAUUUGCUUUAUAAUGGUUUAUGCCACAUUUGCUCCAAAGCUAGGAUUUUCCGAAGAGUAUGAUGGUGUGAUAGGCAGGUUAUUCACCAGUCCUGUAUUUUGGCUACAAGUGAUGGUCUUGCCAAUACUAUGCCUUGUGCGAGAUUAUUCAUGGAAAUAUGCAAAGCGAAUGUACUUUCCGGAAAGUUAUCAUCACAUUCAAGAGAUUCAGAAAUAUAAUAUACAAGAUUAUAGACCACGGAUGGAACAAUUCCAAAAAGCCAUUCGAAAAAUUAGACAAGUCCAGAGGAUGCGAAAACAGCGUGGUUAUGCCUUUUCCCAAGCGGAUGAGUCGCAGACUAGGGUGCUACAAGCCUACGAUACAACAAGAGAACGAGGUAAGUAUGGAGAGAUGGCCAGUUCGAGGAAUUGA